ACUCCCAAACGUACAUUCAUAAAAUGCCAUCUGAAAUAUCUCCAAAGUAUCUACAACAGGAAGAAACAUUAACCCAAGAAUGCAAGAACUUCAUCUCCACUCUACCUAAAGAAAGAGGAUGGCUUGCUUCUCAUCUCUAUCAGUAUCAGGGUUUCUGGUACCCCGUCAGGCAUCUCCAGGGUGUAAUUUCCUGUCAAAAACACUUCCAGGCUCAAAACUCUGAUAUUUUUCUUGUUACCACCCCCAAAUCCGGCACCACAUGGCUCAAAGCAAUCAUCUUUACCCUGGUGAACCGAACCCGAUAUCCUCCUGUUGCAAAAAAUCAUCCCCUUCUCAGCAAUAAUCCCCACGACCUAGUCCCCUUUCUGGAAAUCAAGCUCUACGUUGACAACCAAAUCCCUGAUUUCUCUUCAUUUCCUUCUCUUAGGCUCUUUUCUACUCAUUCACCUCACGUUUCUCUUCCUGAAUCAAUAAAGCAGAACUCUGCAUGCAAGAUUGUGUAUCUCUGCAGGAAUCCGAAGGACAUUUUCGUGUCCCUGUGGCACUUUACCAACGAGUUAAGGCCUCAAGAAACUGGAACCAAUUCAAUCUCAGAGGUUUUCGAUCUCUUCUGUCGGGGAGUUACCCUGUUUGGACCUUUCUGGGAGCAUGCCCUGGAAUACUGGAAGCUGAGCAUAGAGAAUCCUGACAGAGUGCUGUUCUUGAAGUUUGAGGACAUGAAAAAUCAGCCUGGAACUCAUUUAAGGCGCCUGGCGGAAUUCCUGGGUUCCCCAUUUUCUGCUGGUGAAGAGGAAUCAGGCCUGGUGGAAGAAAUCUUGAAGCUCUGCAGUUUUGAUAAUCUGAGCGCCCUGGAUAUUAACAGGAAUGGUAAACUGACUUCUGGAGAGGAAAAUAAAGUGUUUUUUCGUCGGGGAGUGGUUGGAGACUGGAAGAAUUAUCUGGGCAGCGAGAUGGUUGAGAGGAUUGAUCGAAUUACUCAAGAGAAGUUCAGUGGUUCAGGAUUGGUAAUAUAAUCGUCUACUGUUAUAUAUUUGCAGCACGAGCGAUUCUAAUACAAAUCGAGUUUGGUCAAAUUUAAAUUAAUUAUAUAGUAAGUGUAAUAUAUUUAUUGUGUGAUUGAAGGACGAUUCAAGAAAAAUGUAUCACACUUAUUGUGUGAUGAAUUUAA